UUAAAGUUCGUUCAAAGCGGUGGGCAUAUGAAUGGAAAAGUAAGGCAGCGGCGGCCGCUGAAAACGCCGCGACAGUCGCCGCCGGAGAGGCGCGGCGCGAGCACGCCGCGCCAUGUCCGACCUCUCGCCGAGGUUCGAGGGCGCCGAUUUGUUCAACUACUCUACUGCCGCGGAUUCUAAUUAUUCGACCUACGUUAAUGAGACAUUCUUUGAUUUCAUCGCGCAUCAAGUUGCAUCCGCCUUGAAUGUUUACUACACACCCUUACUAGUCUCUUUAGGGACAAUCGGAAACUUGGUUUCAGUAUAUGUUUUCUACAGUAGUAAGUUGAGAUUGCAGUCCACAAGCCAAUAUUUGUCAGCCUUGGCUAUCUCGGAUACGGUGUUCUUAUUCCAACUAAUGAUGCCAUGGCUCGGUGCCGUUAAACUUACCGGUCUGUUUUACACGCAAGGCUUCUGCCAGAUAUUUAUUUACUUUUCCUACGUUACAUGUGACCUGAGCGCAUGGCUGGUGGUAGCAUUCACAGUGGAGCGGUUCGUGGCGGUGCUGUACCCACUGCGCCGCAAUGCCAUCUGCACCGUGGCGCGAGCUCGCCACAUCAUCAGCACAAUAGUUGCGUCGGCGCUGCUCCUGAAUGUGCCCGUUCUCAGAUUCGCAGCGCCGGUCAACAACGACUGCAGUAUAGACGUACAAUACCUUGUCCAUGCAGCCAGAUUUAAUUUGUUGGAUACAGCCGUAUCGUUCACGGUGCCGCUCGGAGUAAUAAUAGUUUUGAACGUUUGGAUAAUGGUCGGAGUGUACCGGCUAGAGCGCACCCGCCACCACCUCAUGAAAACGGAACAGCCUGGGCCCGUGCCGGGCCAGCGCACGCGACCUUCGCGGCUGCAGCAAUGCCCACGAUCCCAGCAACGAGUCACAAGGAUGUUACUCAUUGUCUCUUCAGUUUUCGUCGUACUUAACAUGCCUGCCUACACCAUGCGCGUUGUAGCUUAUGCAUACAACAUGAGCCUCGACGAAUACAACGGGCGCUACGCGGCGGUGACGCAGUUGGCGAAUAUGUUCUUCAACACCAACUUCGGCAUCAACUUCAUCCUGUACUGCCUGAGCGGGCAGAACUUCAGGCGGGCGCUGCGUCAGACCAUCCCCUGGCUGAGGAACAGAGCACGCCGCGGGGUGGCCGUCCGUCGCGCAACGUCCUUCCACCCAGCCAGAGCCAGCAGUGUCUCAACAUCGUACGUGAGCAACUUCACGGAGGCGACAAGCAACUACGGCGUGUCGUCGGUGACGCCGGGCGUGCGCCGCCGCCGCCGCGACACCUUCAUCACGCGCUGGACCUUUGACAACAGCCGCCGCCGCGCUCCGGCCCCCGAACUCGAGAUGAAAGUAUUCACGCCCAACUAUACGACCACUUAAUACGAGUAAGUGAAAUGAUCUCUAAUUGAGGUAACCGAUCUAAAGCGUCACAUCCUUAUGCCAAUAAAUGACUCUAUU